CCUGGAGCAAGAAUGUGAUUAGUCUAGGGAUUAUAGACGGAGCCAAUCAGGGGAUGUUAGAGGCGGAUACUGCAGAUACCACAAGGGGAACAGCUGUCUCAUAGGGAGCAGGUGAUUCUUUACAACAAUACCACCACUGUGGAGAGUGUUGACCAUAGACCAUCAUUGACACACAUACAUUUAAUAUUCGGUGCAAGAACAAACCAGAGAUAGAAAAAUGAAGGGUUGCAGCCUUUCAACUUCUUCAUAACAGAUCAUGGAUAAGUCCAGUAAGGAGAAAAAUAAUCUAAGUGAAAAGCUACUGAACCACGCUCUGGCGAUCGUCUACUUAUUGACUGAGGAGGUUUCACAGUUGCAUAAUCUAAAUCAAUCCACAAUGAAGAACGUCAUGAAAAAGGACGGCAAGAAAAUAGCAGAGAGGAUCUUAACUCAUGCUCGGGAGAUCAUCCGCUUGCUGACAGGAGAGGAACCCAUCAUUGCCAGUAAAUGUUCUGUUGACCAGAACCUUCGCCUGCUGUCUGAAGAGGUCCCUAAAAAGGGUGAUAAUCUUGCCGUUUAUUUCUCAGUGGAGGAGUGGAAAUAUAUAGAUGGACACAAGGAACUGUACAAAAAUGUUAUGGAAGAUCAGACUGUUAAUAGUUUGGAAGUCCCAGCAAAUGAGAACCUAGGUAACCAAGACGAAUCUCUUAAGACUGUGUCAAUUACUGAAGAAAGAGUUGGUGAAAGAAAUGAAAAGGAUAUUAUCCAGGUGAAAAUCAAAACUGAACCGUGUGCAGAGCAGGAAGCUGAACGCCAUGACGUUAUAUCAAUAAGCGACGAUGAAGAAAAUGGCGAAGGCCAAAAGGAUAUCUUGCAGGUGCAAAUCAAAUCCGAACCAUGGGCAGAUCUGCAAGAGGACACUAGAGAGAUAAUUUCAGUAAGUGAGGAAGAAGGGAAUGAAAAAGGCAGAAGAGACGUUAUGCGGGUGGAAAUCAAAUCCGAGCCGGUGACAGAAGAUUAUUUCCCAACAAACGGAUCUGUGAGCUAUAAUAUUUUGGAAGAUUCUUGCACAAUUGCUCGGGCAUCAGAGGAAAUCAUAGCUGAAAAUGUCAGUCCUUUUCUAGGAUUUCAAGGCGACAGAGUAAAUUCCUGCAAUGAAUCUGACCUUGAUACAAAUAGAAAUUCCAUUCGUAGUUCAUUAUCAUAUUAUUGGGAGCAUACAAUGUCUGCACUAAGUGAUACACUUAACAACAAUGAUGCAUUGAAGCAAAAAAUGCAAAUUAAGGCGCCAAAGAAAUUAAAAUGCACUAAAAAACGUAACAAAAAAACAGGCUAUAAAAAACGUCUAGGAGCUCAUCGAGAAAAACGGCAUCAGUGCGAUGAAUGUGGAAAGCGAUUUGAGUAUCGGUCUCGUCUUAUAGUACAUCAAAGAUCACACACAGGAGAGAAGCCUCACAGCUGUAACGUGUGCGGCAAACACUUUGCUGACAAAUCAAAUCUUGCGUCUCAUAAAAGAAUACACACAAGGGAAAAUAAUUAUACAUGCAGUGAGUGCGGCAUACAGUUUGCCUACAAGUGUAGUCUUACUGUACAUCUGCGAUCGCACUCAACUGAGAAAUCAUUUCAGUGUAACAUAUGUGACAGAGACUUUCAUUCUAGAUCGAAUCUUCUUGCGCAUAGGAAAAUCCACGCUGGUGUGAAACCGUUUGCAUGUAACGAAUGUGGAAAAUGCUUUGCUAGUAAGUCUUACCUUACUGUUCAUCAAAGAACGCACUCGGGAGAGAAACCGCAUAUGUGUAAAGAGUGCGGAAAACACUUUGCAGAUAGAUCCAACCUUAUAUCCCAUCAGAAAUCCCACUCAGGGUUAAAACCUCAUAGCUGCACGGUAUGCGGGAAAAAUUUUGCUUACAAAUAUUAUCUGAUUACACAUGAGAGAACUCACACAGGGGAGAAACCUCAUGUGUGCAACGAAUGUGGCAGGCACUUUGCCGAUAGAUCGAAUCUAAUCGCACAUCAGAAAUCGCACAAAGGGGAAAAGCCUUACCCAUGUGAUGAAUGCGGAAAAUCCUUUGCUUAUCAAUAUUUACUUAUUAUACAUCAGCGGACGCACACGGGAGAGAAGCCUCAUACGUGCAACGAAUGUGGGAGACAUUUUGCCAGCAAAUCUAAUCUUUGUGUACAUCUGCGAACACACACUGACAAUAAGCUACAGACACAGGAUGAUUCAUGAGUAGUAACAAAUUGUUGUACGUUUUUGCCUCUAGUUUUGAAUGGUUCCAACUGUAGAAUCUGUUAAUACUUGCAGUAGUUUCACUAUGACACUAACAAAAAAAGUAAUACAAUUUAUCCAUAAAUAUUAAUGUAAUAUACCCAUUUUUUGUAUUUGUUUGUGCUUAGUUAUGUAUAUGCCAGGAAUAAAAAUAUUCUUUUUGACA